AAUUCUUGACUCCAAACCUCCCAUCUCUAAAUCCACUUGCAGGGCUGAUCUUUCUUCUUUCACUCUUGUGUCAUCAACACACACAUCUCUUCACUCUCUCUCUUCCUCAGCACAGUCCUCAAGAUGAACAAAUACCUUCUCCUGGGCUUCUCUGUUCUGCUCCUCUGUGCAACUGCUCAAUCUCUUGUGUGCAGAGUUUGCAAAUAUAAACUUGGUACUCUCUGUUUCAAGUCGGAUGAGCCCUGCAGAGCCAAAGAAGGCCAGCUAUGUGAGACAACCGAGGUGUACUCAGAUAGAGUAUUGCUCUUCAAAACACACGGCUGUGGCAAAUACGCAGAGCUCUGCAACAGGACUGAGGAGCGGGACAACGCCUUCAAGGUGUCCUAUAAGCGCAGCUGCUGCGAUGCUGACUUAUGCAAUGUUUGAUUUUGCCGUGCCUCCUCUUCCUAAAUGGGCCAAGACUUGGAACUGGGGUGGUAGCUGAUAUGUUUGCUAUAAAGGUUGACAGAGAUGCCUCCUUUCACACUAAGGGUAUUAUCAUGCUACACUAUUAUA